GCCAUGUCUGAUCCUCCGCUGGUGGAAUAAGAGCGGACGGCAGAGCGAAAAUUUUCCCCGGGCCGCGGUUCCCUUCGGGGUUCGUUGCGAACUAUGGCCGACAGCGCCGGGAUCCAGCAGGGUUCGCCGGCCAUCGGGGCCGCGGGCUUGGUUCCGGCCGCUCCUGGAGCCGGGGGGACGGAGGGCUCUGGCGCCGCUGGAGGAUCCGCACGUAUCGCCGUGAAGAAGGCGCAACUCCGCUCCUCACCUCGGCCGAAGAAACUGGAGAAACUCGGCGUGUAUUCCUCCUGCAAAGCUGAAGGAGCCUGUAAGUGUAAUGGCUGGAAGAGUCAGAACCCCCCUCCCACUCCCCCCCGAACUGACCAGCAGUCCAACGCAGUCAACCUGCAGGAGCCCUGUCGCAGCUGCUCUCACACUUUGGGUGAUCACGUGACGCAUCUAGAAAACGUGUCAGAGGAGGAAAUGAACAGGCUUCUCGGUAUCGUCCUAGACGUGGAGUACCUCUACACUUGUGUUCACAAAGAGGAGGAUGCUGACACUAAGCAGGUCUACUUCUCCCUCUUCAAACUGCUGAGGAAAUCCAUUCUUCAAAUGGGUAAACCGACGUUAGAAGCACAGGAGAGUCCUCCGUUUGAGAAACCCAGUAUUGAGCAGGGGGUGAACAAUUUUGUCCAGUACAAGUUCAGCCACCUACCGUCUAAGGAACGUCAAACAAUCAUGGAGCUUGCUAAGAUGUUUCUCAACCAGAUCAACUACUGGCAGCUGGAGACGCCCUCUCAGAGACGCCAGAGGGUGCCUACUGACGACGCCGCUGGAUACAAAGCCAACUACACCAGAUGGCUCUGCUACUGCAACGUGCCUCAGUUCUGCGACAGCCUUCCCCGGUACGAGACCACGCAGAUCUUUGGGCGGACACUGCUGCGCUCGGUUUUCACUGUGAUGAGGAAACAACUGCUAGAGCAGGCGCGACAGGAAAAGGACAAGCUGCCACCUGAGAAACGCACACUUAUUCUCACACACUUUCCCAAGUUCUUGUCUAUGCUGGAGGAGGAGGUGUACAGCCACAGCUCUCCCAUCUGGAGCCAAGACUUCUUGGCAGGAGCAUCGGGGGGGCAGAUCCCUAUUCACACAGUUAUCAGCGCUCCCCCCGUGGCCAGGCCAUUGUACUACAGCACCAGCCCCGUGUCAGUGGACCCAACCACCUGUGGCAGUGUCAGUCCAGCCAGGAAAACUGUGUUGGAGUCAAACCCAGUGGGAGAGAAGCGUAAACCCUCCGAGCCCCUUUCCCAUGAGGAAAACAAGAGACCGCGGGCGGUGGGUGACAUCCCCAUGGAGCUCAUCAAUGAGGUGAUGGCAACCAUCGCCGACCCUGCUGCCAUUCCUGAGACCAGUCUGCUGUCAGCUCACUCUGCACGUGAUGAAGCUGCCCGUUUGGAGGAGCGCAGGGGGGUGAUCGAGUUCCAUGUCAUUGGUAACUCCUUAAACCAGAAGCCCAAUAAGCGGAUCCUGAUGUGGCUCGUCGGCCUCCAGAACGUGUUCUCCCACCAGCUUCCCCGCAUGCCCAAAGAGUACAUCACACGACUGGUGUUCGAUCCGAAGCACAAGACGCUGUCGCUGAUCAAGGACGGCCGCGUGAUCGGAGGGAUCUGCUUCCGCAUGUUUCCAUCGCAGGGCUUCACAGAAAUCGUCUUCUGUGCCGUCACCUCCAACGAACAAGUCAAGGGUUAUGGAACCCAUCUGAUGAACCACCUGAAGGAAUAUCACAUCAAGCACGAAAUCCUCAACUUUCUCACUUAUGCUGAUGAGUACGCCAUCGGCUACUUCAAGAAACAGGGUUUCUCAAAGGACAUCAAAGUUCCCAAGGCCAAGUAUGUGGGCUACAUCAAGGACUACGAGGGAGCCACACUCAUGGGCUGUGAACUCAACCCCAGCAUCCCCUACACAGAGUUCUCCAUUAUCAUCAAGAAGCAGAAGGAGAUCAUUAAGAAACUGAUAGAGAGGAAACAGGCUCAGAUCAGAAAAGUCUACCCCGGACUUUCCUGUUUUAAGGAAGGAGUUCGGCAGAUUCCCAUAGAAAGCAUUCCUGGCAUACGUGAAACUGGCUGGAAACCUGUGGGCAAAGGGAAGGAAUUGAAGGACCCUGAUCAACUGUACAGCACUCUGAAGACCAUCCUUCAACAUGUGAAGAGUCACCAGAACGCCUGGCCGUUCAUGGAACCUGUGAAGAAAACAGAGGCACCUGGGUACUAUCAAGUGAUUCGCUUCCCCAUGGAUCUGAAGACAAUGAGCGAGCGCCUGAAGAGCAGGUACUACACGACGCGCAAGUUGUUCAUGGCCGACAUGCAGCGCAUCUUCACCAACUGUCGAGAGUACAACCCUCCGGAGAGCGAGUACUACAAGUGCGCCAAUCUACUGGAGAAGUUCUUCUACACCAAGAUUAAAGAGGCCGGCCUCAUUGAGAAGUAGAACAGAGGAGGAGGAGAAGUUUCUCUUCACCUCCACAAAGAAUGAGACAAGGCCUCUGUGGUCCAGGUUAUACGGGGACUACUGACUCUGGAGCGGUCGGGUUUCAGAGACAUAUUUUGAUGUAAAAGGUGCACACUGGUCUCAGAUCAGCACUCUUUAAUGUUUGAUGCAUGCAGGCAAAGAUCCUGAAUCGGUAGCUUAGACUGAUAUUUACACUGAAAGAUAGGCCGCGAGGGACGGCCUCACUGACGACCUGUGAGACUGUCGCUGACAUGAAACAUAAGAAAACGUGUGUCUUCAUAUUUCAUCACAUAUCCCAGGGUCCCGUGCAGAGAAAGGACAGAGGAAGGUGUGAGAGUAAUACAUAUUGAACGGGGCUGAAAGCUUCUGUUGUUUGUGUGUGAAGACUGAGAGGCAACGGAGAUUCACCGCUCACCUUUCUUACUUUGUCUCUCUCCGUCUCCUCUUUUUUUUCCUUUCAUCCCCUCAUCCCCCUGCCUUUCUGAAUGCCUGCCUCCUCCUCCUCAUCUCAGUGGACUCAGGUAGAUAUGUCACAUCUACUGUGUGUUACAUCAUUACACAAGUGUUACCUUCGAGGGCCGUGACUGAGAGAUCAGAUUUUCCUGUCUGUGCAAUCGUGCGCGCCACUAAUGAGGUCAAAGUUUGACUGUGAUGAGUUCAUCCUGCCAAAAGAGGAAUACAUACUUUAAAUUUGUACAGAUUUUAAUUAUUUUAAAGCACUUAUUCCCAUUGUAUAUUUUAAAUGUGUAUAUAACAUAUAUUUUCUGUUUCAGAACUAAAACAAAAUAAUCUUUUUUGUACAAGCCACCUAGGGCAGUGUGACUAUCAAAAUGCACUUUUAUUUUUCCAAGUAUUAGUAAACAUAAAAAUAAGAGCAUCCUCUUCUCUUCAAAAUUUGUUUGACAUUUAAAUUACCGCUGACUAAGGACUAAUUUAAUUAUCUAGAGUUUAUUCUUAUUUAUGUGCUGUAAUUUAAAAAGGAAAUGCUUUAGACAAGGUUAAUUUAUUCUCUCUUUAUUUUUGCCCUGCAGAUGGAGAUUGAUAACUUUAUACUUUGGAGAUAAAUGAGAAGAUUGUGCAAUACUAUGUAGUUUUGCUGUUUUGUAAAAAGGUGUUUGUACUUUUCAAACUUUAGGAAAAUAUGUUUUGUAUUAUGUCUGGAAAAACUACUUCAUGCUCUUUGUACAACUGGUUUUAAUGACAUAGUAUUAGCCUAUUUUAUAGACUGAAUAAAAGAGGUGAGGCUAAUUCAGCGUCUGUGGUGACUCAACUCAAUCACAUCAUUUCUAUGCCUCCGCACCAGCAACACCAGAUGGCAUUCUACCAAAGAUAUCUCAAGAACACAUUGAGGGAAUUUAGUCAGAUUUGAUUUGAAUGUUCACUUGGAUUCAAGGAUGACCUGGUUGGAAUUUGGAGGUCAAGGUCACUGCAACCCUCUUAAAUGCGUUAUCUUAAUGAGAAUAAUUUUAAAUUUGGCACAAUUCUUCACUUAGACUCAGAUUAAGUGAUUAGAUUUCAGUGGUCAAGGGUCACAAUGAGUCUGGAUUAAAAAAAAUAAAUUAUUAAACAAUUUUUGAGUUUUAAGUUCAACCUAAACAAACAAGUUUCGAUGGAACUCAGUUUUCCAGUGUUAACCCUUCAGAAUAAAAAAUUGCUCUCCAAUAAAGCUCAUUGUCUAAACUUGUCAUUCGAGCAGAGCCAUUAAUAUAAUUUGUG